AGGAGUCUCCUAGGCAGAACCUCAAGAACGAACAGUCUCGACAUAAAAGCUCGCUGUCAUCCAUCCAGUUUUGGUUGAAUAUUCGACCUUUCCGAACCUCAAUAGCACGAUUAACUCUAACUGUCUCCCUCUGAAUAUCAAUUCAAGUUUCGAAAACAUGGCGACAUUCGAUCCCACUAAGCCCAUUGACGACCCAGUCGUCUGGUAUCCUCAGGGUAUGUAUAUUCAGCAAAAGACAAGAGUUGGAGAUGAUCAGGUCUUCAUCUUGUCUUCAACCGACAUGAGUGCACUCAACCGUUAUGCGUGGACCGGUAGACUGCUCGCGACUACUCGUGACGAUUACAAGGCUAGCAUUGGCAUUUCCGACGCGAGCCAACUGAGUGACUCGGUCUGGAGCGCUGUGGAUACACUGCUCGGCAAGUAUUCAACAAUCAAGUCCGAUACCACCCAGUUCUUGGAUGUAACUUGGCCAGGUAUUGUUGACCUUGCGAAUAAGAUCUACGAUUUCUCUGCUCUUGCUGGCGGAACGCAGAAUAGCUCGUACUAUGCCAACAUGUUGAAGUGGGUUGGAGCGUACAACGAUGAGCUUCAAAAGCCAGACCCCGACGAGAAUAUGUUGCUUCAGUAUCAGUUGUCAAUCCAGCAAAUCACCAAGCAGAUGUAUGACAAGACUCAGACACUGCAGGUUAUGGCCAGCCAGAGUAAGCAGGCUUUGAAAGACUUUGAAGAAGCUACUAGAAUCAGUCAGAACAACGUUCAUGCCAGCGAUGACCAGUUGACGAGUAUCUUGGAAGGCGAGGAAGGUGAGGUUGCAGAGCUGCGCAAACAGCUUAACGAUGCCCUGGCAAAGGUAGACGAGUACCAGAAGGAAGUAGACGCAGAUCGCCUCGCUGUUGAAGACACGGGCGCCUACAGCUGGAUCCCCUUUUUUGGUACGAUCGCGACUCCCAUUAUCUGGAAAAACUACGCGGAAAUCAAGGAACUGGAAGCCGCAAUCUCAUCCUUGAAGAGCACAAUCGAGCAAACCAAAGCCAAGUUGGAAGCCGCCUUGAGGCUACAGGCUGAUAUCACGUCUAUUACCAUACAAGUCGAUAGCCUCUCUGGUCUCUUUGGCCCUGCUAUCGAGACACUCGAAAAACUCCAAGGUGCCUGGGAGGUGAUGGGCGCAGAUCUCUUGGCAUUGAAUGGGUUGUUCACUGACUCGGGAGCGACAAUUCCGCCGAUGUUGAUGGCGCAGCUGCAGCUAAACCAGAUCAUGGAGCAGUGGAACACGCUGAAAGACUACGUGAACAAGUAUCGUGAAGUUGCCUACCUCAGCGACCAACCUUCAAAAGAAUCCCUAGACAACUUCUUAGCAGAGUUAAGGAGCUAAAAACAUUCAUUGUGAGUGGGGUUUGAGAGUCUGAGGCACCUACGAAGGAAAUCAAAGUACCUCUCGGUCUCAACUUAAAAAAUUCGUGCGGGGUCAGCAAAGUUCAUCUGAUUUUGUUUAGUCUGUG